AGUUAAAAACACUCUAAAGUAAAAGUCUUCAAACUCUACUCUCUCUCUCUCUCUCUCUCUCUCUUCUAGGGUUUGUGAGAAUCGAUCUCAAUCGAACUUCAAAAAAAAACUUAACAAUCAAUAUGGAAGGUGAUGGGAAAUUGGAGGCGCAAAUUGAGGCGCUUCUGAGUGUAGAGAAGCAGAUGAGGCAAGCUGGCGACGUCGCCAGUACUAGAAAAGCAGCUACAGACAUUCUUCAGCUUUGCUUUGAAGCUCGCGCAUGGAAAACUUUAAAUGAACAGAUUGUUCUAUUGUCUAAGCGCCGUGGACAAUUGAAACAGGCUGUACAGGCCAUGGUUCAACAAGCCAUGCAGUACAUUGACCAGACGCCCGAUAUUGACACCAAGAUAGAACUUAUCAAAACACUGAACAGUGUGUCUGCUGGAAAGAUAUACGUUGAGAUUGAGAGAGCUCGCUUGAUUAAGAAGCUCGCAAAGAUUAAAGAAGAACAACAACUCAUAGGCGAGGCUGCUGAUUUGAUGCAAGAAGUUGCGGUUGAAACCUUUGGAGCGAUGGCAAAAACUGAAAAGAUAGCCUUUAUUCUUGAACAAGUUCGUCUAUGCUUAGAUCAUAAAGAUUAUGUUCGUGCUCAAAUACUCUCAAGAAAGAUCAAUCCCAGAGUGUUUGAAGCUGAUCCAUCUAAGGAAAAGAAGAAAGCAAAGGAGGGUGAAAAUGUGGUUGAGGAGCCUGCUGCAGAUAUUCCGUCACUGCCAGAGUUGAAGCAGAUCUACUAUCAAUUAAUGAUUAGGUAUUACUCACAUAGCAAUGAUUACCUUGAAAUAUGUCGCUGUUACAAGGCUAUAUAUGAGAUCCCUUCUGUGAAAGAAGACCCAGCACAGUGGAUACCAGUUCUGAGGAAAAUUUGCUGGUACUUGGUAUUGUCUCCCCAUGAUUCUAUGCAAUCAAGUCUUCAUAACUCAACUUUGGAGGACAAAAAUCUUUCAGAAAUUCCUCAUUUCAGGCUGCUUCUGAAGCAAUUGAUUACCAUGGAGGUCAUUCAGUGGACUGCUUUAUGGAACACAUUCAAGGAUGAGUUUGAAAAUGAGAAGAAUAUGCCUGGUGGCACUUUGGGGGACAAGGCUGCUGAAGAUCUCAAACUGAGAGUUAUUGAGCAUAACAUCCUUGUCGUCUCAAAAUACUACUCGAGAAUAACCUUGAAGAGACUGGCAGUUUUAUUGUGCCUCGAUAUUCAGGAAGUGGAGAAGCACCUAUCUGAAAUGGUUGUGUCAAAAGCUUUGGUUGCUAAGAUAGACAGACCUAUGGGUAUUGUCUGUUUCCAACCCCCAAAAGACAGCAAUGACAUCUUGAAUUCUUGGGCUUCUAAUUUGGAGAAGCUGCUUGACCUUGUCGAAAAGAGUUGCCACCAAAUCCACAAAGAAACAAUGGUGCACAAAGCUGCACUAAAAGCUUAGAAGACUUUGGAUCGGACAACUCUACAGUAUUCUAUUCUGAGGAACAAGCAACAGGAGCAAAAACUCGCAAAUCUUGAUUCCUCUGCCUGUACUAUCACGAUUUGCCUGCUUGCUUUUCUCGUUGUUGUCGGAGUUUCAUUUUCUUCCCCCAUUUUGUAUCUUUAUCGAUGUUUUCUCCGCAUGAUUUAUUCAUUGUGGCCAGCAAAAAUUUAGGUUUGAUGAUGCUAAAUGUCAACUUCCAUUAAUGCUUAUUUACUCAUUUAACACAUUCA